UAGUGUAAAAGAAUUUAUUUGAAAAAAGAAAAUUUAUUUAAAUGAUAUUAUUUAUAAAUUGUUAAAUAUUGUACAAAGUGAUAUUUAAAUAAUUUUAUAUAUUUUUCAAAAUCAGCAUUAAAUGAUAAAAAAGAACAUUUACCUAAUUGGAAUCAUCAAGAAUACGUGAUUCAACGAUUUUGUUAAUAAAACAGAACAAAAAAAGAACAAGAAAACAAAAAAAAGUAAUAAGAUACAAAACUUUACAAAAACUACGAGAAAUUUAGUUAGGGAUACCAAUUUAUACAAAAAAGAAAAAAAAUCAUCUAUACUCUUACAACACAAAUAAAAUUUUAAGAUAAAGAAAAAUUAAACAAAAAAUUCAACAAAAUUUAAAAAAUUUUCUUUUUAUAAAAUAAAUUGAAAAAAUAAACGAAUGAAAAAAUGAUUGAACGACGACAACAAAGAAUUAAUAAUUUAGAAUAUUCAAGGAUAUCAUCUUUAUCAUCACCAUUAAUAACAUCAUCAUCAGUCAGAAUAUCAAAAUCAAUACCAUCAAUAGAACCGUCUUUACAAUUAGAACAAGUAGAAGCAGCAACAACAACAACAACAUGUAUACCAAUUUCAAAAAUUAGAUCUUAUAAUAAAUUUACAAAAUUAAAUUCAUUACACAAAUGGACUUUAUUAAUAGUAACAACAAUUUUAAUUGUAUUAGUUGAAAAUUGUAUUGGAGCACCAGCACCAAAAACAUCACAAGCUGAGAUUUAUUUAUCACAGUUUGGUUAUUUACCACCGGCAGCAAGAAAUCCAUCAAGUGGUGGAUUAUUAGAUGAAACCACGUGGGUAAAAGCCAUACAAGAAUUUCAAUCAUUUGCAGGUUUAAAUGUAACUGGUGAAUUAGAUGAUGAAACAAUGCAUACAAUGACAUUACCACGUUGUGGUGUUCGUGAUAAAGUUGGUUUUGGGUCGGAUUCAAGAGCAAAACGUUAUGCUUUACAGGGUAGCCGUUGGAAAGUAAAAUCAUUAUCAUAUAAAAUAUCACAAUAUCCAAAAAGAUUAAAAAAAACUGAUGUUGAUAAUGUUAUUGCAAAAGCAUUUGGUGUUUGGGGUGCAUAUACAGAUUUAACAUUUACACAAAAGAAAAGCGGACCAGUUCAUAUUGAUAUUAAAUUCGCUGAAGGUGAACAUGGUGAUGGUGAUCCAUUUGAUGGACCAAGUGGUACAUUAGCACAUGCAUAUUUUCCAGUAUAUGGUGGUGAUGCACAUUUCGAUGAUGCCGAACAUUGGACAAUCGGUGCAUAUAGUGGUACAAAUUUAUUUCAAGUAGCAGCACAUGAAUUUGGUCAUUCAUUAGGCUUAAGUCAUUCAGAUACAAGAUCAGCUUUAAUGGCACCAUUUUAUCGUGGUUAUGAUCCUGUAUUUAGAUUAGAUUCCGAUGAUAUAUUAGCAAUACAAGCAUUAUAUGGACGUAAAACAAAAAUUGUACCAACUGAUUCUGGUACAACAACACGUCCAACAAUACCAACAAGACGUACAAAACCACGUGAUGAUUCAGAUUUAUGUAAAGAUCCAAAAAUCGAUGCACUUUUUAAUUCACAAGAUGGUCAAACAUUUGCAUUUAAGGGUGAUAAAUAUUACAAAUUAACUGAAAAUUCAAUAGCUGAUGGAUAUCCAAAAUUAAUAUCUGAAACAUGGAUUGGGCUUCCAGGGGACAUCGAUGCAGCAUUUACAUAUAAAAAUGGUAAAACAUAUUUCUUCAAAGGUACAAAAUAUUGGCGUUAUUCUGGUGGUAAAAUGGAUGGUGAUUAUCCAAAAGAAAUAAGUGAAGGUUUCACUGGUAUACCAGAUCAUUUAGAUGCUGCUAUGGUAUGGGGUGGUAAUGGUAAAAUAUAUUUCUAUAAGGGUAGUAAAUUUUGGCGUUUUGAUCCAAUAAAACGGCCACCAGUUAAAGCAACAUAUCCAAAACCAAUAUCAAAUUGGGAAGGCUUGCCAAAUAAUAUUGAUGCAUCAGUACAAUAUACAAAUGGUUAUACAUAUUUCUUUAAAGGUGAUAAAUAUUAUAGGUUUAAUGAUAGGACAUUUUCGGUUGAUCAAGCAGAUCCACCAUUCCCUAGACCAUCCGGUUAUUGGUGGUUCGGUUGUAAAAAUGUUCCAUCAUCAUUUAAUUCUUUAGGUAUGGUAAAAGCUGGAGAAAGUUUAGAACAAUAUCAUUCAUCAGAUCAUACAUCAAAUCGUGAUGUUAUUGAUGAUACUUUAAUUUUCGAUGCAGAAGUCAAGGUACAAAGUUAACAGCUACUACCCCUCUGAUUUUUCCUUCAAAAUUAACUUUUUCUUUUCUAAAAACAAAGAAAGUUAAAAAUUUAAUUUAGUGUAUAAAUUAGUUUUGGAAAUAAAAAACAAAUAUCAUCUUAAAGACAAAUUAAAACUUUUAUGAAAACUUCUCGCAAUUUUUUUCUUUUAUUAAUUUUGUAUAAAAAUUUCAUUUUCUGGUACCUACCCACCCUAUUUAGUACAAUUCCAAUUUACUAUUUGUUACAAAUUUUUCUUUAAUAUUCAAAAUUAAUAAUAUGCAACUAAUGCCUGGCCUAAUAAUAAUAGAUUUGCAUCCAAAAAUUAAUGAAAUAUAGUGAUAAAAAGAAAACUAAUAAACUAAAUUGGAAAAUAAUAUAAAUUUUUUUUUCAUUUUUUUUAAAUUAAUAUUUUUUUUUUCAUUUUUCUUUUAUUUUAAAAUAAUUUUAUUUCACAAAUAUUAACGUGCGUCCUUUAAAAUGUAAAUUUUGAAUGGAAAAAUAAUAAAA